CCCCCCCCCCCCCCCCUCUCCCUGAUCUAACCAGCGAUAGUGCGAGGCAGAAGCGCCGCCGAUGGCUUCGCCGUCGCUCCUGACAGUGCACCUGCGCGGGUCUGCUUCGCCGCCCGACGCCGCCUCGUCGGUGGCGAUCGAGGUGGAGGGAGGUGACGGGGUGGACCUCGCGCAGGUGGGCCUCGCGCUGGGGCUGGACCCGGCCACCGUCGGCCUCAACGGCUACUUCCUCAGCUGCGGCUCUGGCUACGUCUCCUUGGCGGUCACCUGGGGCGAGCUCCUCUGCUUCUUCGCCGCGGGCGGGCAGCCCACGGGUGCCGACCCCUCCGCGCCCGUCGCCGUCGAUGGCGGGCCCGCGCCUUCGCCCCCAGAGCCCAGAGUUCUUCUGUCCACAAAGCGAAAGUCUGGGUUAGAGACCGAAAAUGGUUCCAAGAAGUGCAAGCUCCAACACAAUAGCUCAUCGCAGUCAAAAGCUGUCGAAGAGCUACUUACCGAUGUGAUCACCCUUGGUUUGAAGAGAAGACUCAGAUUGGACGAGGCUAGUCCAUCUAAGAAGACUAAACAAGUAGACUACAGCUCAGGCUCUGAAGCACAGCAGCCAGUUAAAUGCUCUUGCAGCUUCGCCAGCAGUCACGACAAGCGGCCAUCGGAUGAGGAGAUGGUCACCUCACUGUCGUGCAAGAGAGUAUGGUGAUGCCAGUCUAUUCUUGCAGGUUGAUAUUUUACUGCUACUCAAAAGAAAACUUGCAAGUUGAUGCCAGUGACUGAGAUUUGAUUGUCGCUUUGUCGCGAGUCAUUGUUACUCGGUACAACUCCAGAGUGGGUUAUGAUGACAAACUGGCAUGGCUAAGAGGCCUAGUGAGAUUUAGUGAUUCCCCAUUGCCAUCAUGUAGUUAGUUUGGUCCAGAGCCAUAGUUUCUGGUUUUUAGACAGAGUGCUAGUUACAAUAGUUUCAGGUUUGGAUACAGUGCUAGUUAGAACAGUUGUACAAUGGAGUAUUUCUUGUGUACAUCGCUGUAUUUGAUAUAAUGCCAGAAAACUUGCCGA